AUGGUCACAGACCUGGAGGGCGAUGUUUGCGAAGCCCUGUCCAAGAGCAUCCAGGCCAGUGCUCAAUUGGGAAGGGGUCUCAACCUGUUUGCGGACGUCUUGGACUGGGAUGAUGGUAUAGAAGCGGCAAUUUCGUGCCUAUCUCCACAAGCACCAGGACUCAUCCUGGGGGCUGAUUUACUGUGGGCCGAUGAUGCAGUGGACUCUCUGUUCGAGGCAGUAGCGUUCGCGGUGAUGCUGGGAUGGACUUUCAUUUACGGCGCUUCUGACCGCCCUUCCAACAGCCUUCUGGCCAAGCGAUGCGGGGAGGUGAAAAGCACGAGUCUGGAGACCUUCAACUAUCGAGUCGAGAAGGUCAUCGGGAUUUCCCAGUUGGAAGAAAAUGCGGAUGCCAUGGAUAAAGCAUUGAAGCCUGAAUCCGUUCCAGCAAACCCGGGCAGCACGCACGGGGCCAUCACAUCCAUUUUGGCCGCCGCUAAAGGAGAAGUGACCAACUGCAUGAAAGAGAGCCCUCGCUUCCACUACGACUUCCCGCGCAUUUAUGCCCUCGCAGACUGGCCUUGCCUUGCUCUUGAUUUUGCAGCCCACCGGGCAAAAGAAGUGUCUGGAGGCCAGGUCUUGUUCUUGCGUGGCUGGGGCAGCAGGGGUCAGCGGAAGAGGUUGGCAGUGUUAGCAGAGGGCAGAGGCAUGGGAGGGGAGUAUGAGUGGAGACGAAGACUGAGGCGAAUGGAGUUGGCGCGUCGAUCACUCUUCCGGGGGUCCUUCCUGCAGUUUCUCGAGCUGGAGUUUGAAAUUGGAUCCGAGUUUUGGCCGGAGGUCUUUAGCGCUUUAUCCAUGAUGGUGCCAUCGAUUUAUGCUUACCAUGCAGCGCCUGAGCUCGCCUCCAACGCGAUUUUCCCGGAAGGCGUGUGGGCGCUUGCAAUUGGCGCCAUGCUGCAUUGCCCCUUCAGCGUAGCCUAUCACCUGGCCUCGGCAGUGCUUGACAAGCACACCGGCUACGAUCCUAUGUGCACGCCGUUUCGCACAAUGGACCUGUCUGCGAUCCACGUCGCCUGCAUCGUCUACGCCUGGGCGCUUAGCCAUGGCAACGUGCUCUUCACCUUGUUCCUGGCGAUUCUGAAUAUCCUGUGUGUUUUCCUCCUUUUCCGCCGCCUUAUGUACGGAAGACCUGGUGGAAUUCACGAGAACAUCCGCGUGUCCUGCCUG